UGUACAGCAAUGCUUUUACCCUGGUUGGGGCCAGGGCCUCCACCGAAAGUCACACAAUGUCUUAUGAUGUCCAGCAUGGGGCUCUGUUCUUUAAACGGGGUGAAAGCAUCCUAGGAUACUGAAUUCACCCCAUCUGAUGAGGUCCCUAGUCUAAGUUUUCUUCUGAAAUUCUCUUUCAGUAAAGACAGAGCCUGAGGUCUCAUCUACACUGCCAUAUAAUGCGAUUUCAUCAUGCAGUUUAAAUGCAUUACACUGCAUCAUAUAAUCCAGUCCAAUGCAGUUGUAUGGCAGUGUAGAUGGGGCCAGAGAGAGAGAACAGAACAUUGACAUUUGUGAGAUUAUUCCUUUCUUUCUUUCCCACAGCAUAAUGUGCAUUUAUUGCUGAUCUACAUUUAAUCUUGUUGUGAAAUAAGAGAACCACAAUAUAAUGGGGAUGUUGCAGCAAACCACUGGAACCACUGAUGGAUCAAGUCCGCUUUAAUAUCACUGAAAGACAGGAAUUACAUAACAGUAAAUUUUAAUGCACACAUGCUCAUCAUAGCUACUGUACGUAUGUCUCUAGGGUGUUUCGAGAACUGAGAAGAAAUAUUUUGUUUCAACGUCAACUAACCAGCAGCAGUUAUUUCACCUCUGCCAGAAACACCUUUUUUUUCUCUAGCAAACAGUUUUUGAACAGCCCAUUGAAAGUUAAAGCAUGUAAAAUCCCUAAAAUCUAAUUUCAAGUUUAUAGAGCACAAUGUUCCACAAGAUCACGUUCAGCUUUGUGUCCUUUCCAUUUUCCAGGAAGGCAGCCAUUUAGCUUUGCAGAAUGCUGUUAUCUCUGCAGUGAAGAGGAGGUGCAAUCCAAUUAUCUCUUCUGAGUGCUGAAGAUUCCCUUGCACUGAACCUAAAGCAAGACAAUGUAAACCUAGAUUCAGUGCACACAUGUCACCAAUAGGAUUCCAGCCCUUGUGUUAGCUCACAACAGUGGCAGCAUCCCUAUGGAUCUCCUCCCAUACCGGACCUUAUUGUACCUAAAAUACCAUAAAACCGCCAUAUAAACUACCAUUCCCUCUAUAGAUUCUGUUUUAAAAAGAAUAGGAUUGGGGAAGUUCCUCUCAGGCCCCUUCUACACUGUUCUAUAUCCCAGGAUCAUAUCCCAGAUUAUCAGUUUUGAACUAGAUUACAUGAGUCUCCACUGCCUGAUAAUCUGGGAUAAAUAAAUUACUUGGGAUAUAGGGCAAUGUAGAAAGUGCCUCAAUCAUGUGCAGUUAUCUAUUUUUCUAUCCCUUCCUAAUUCCCCCAUGUCUUACCUUAACCGUCCUCCUCUCAGGUGUCAUCAGCCCAUUUUCUGGUUUCAUGUGAGUUGUCUAUGGUCUUCUUCACCCAAAUAAAUACAGAAGCCCCCUUCCCAUUCUCAUAACACUCUGAUCCAUCUUUUCUUUGCAAAAUUUAUACAGACUUUUAUACCUCCAUUCUUCCCUUAAACCUGGGCUCAGCUUUGCUACCAGGAAAAUCUCCAUCCCAUAGUUGGUAGCUAUGCCCACCACUACUCCCACCUCCGGUAUGCUUUCCUCUUUGCCUGCAAUUCUUGUUUUCCUUUCAGUCGUUCACCCUCCAACCCUCCUGGGAUUUUCUAUGACUAGUACAAUACAGCCAUGUGCAGACACCCAAUCCAUGUGCAUCUUGUUUGGACUUUCUGACUUCUUUCUUUUCUCUCUCCCAGUCCCUUCUCCUUCAUCCUUCUCCUGCUCCUCACACUUGUUUGACUCUUUCUCGCAAACAGAGCUGGUCAAGUCUUGAGCACCAGGUGGCAAACGUAGCCAGAAUUCUUCAUAUGAGUUAGUAGCAGGAGCUGCUACUGAAAAAAGAGCAAGGGAGGAAAAGGAAAUUGAAGUGGGGCUAAGCCAUUCUGUUGUUAUGGGCAGUGAGACAGAUAGACAUAUGGAGCACACCAGUGACAGAGAUGGUGGGGAAGCUUUGCACCAGUUGGCACUCCAGCUGCAGCAACCUGUCUUUGGUAAUAGCAACCAAGUGUCCCCUUGCUAUUUUGGUGUCACUUCCUCGGACAGUAUCACCAAGCGCAAUCCACAUUCCCCCGCAGUCCCCUAGUAAUGCCACUGGCUCACAGUAAUGGAAAACCACAACUAAAUUUGAGUCUAGGCUCAAAGAUUUGGGCCACAUAAGCAAAGGUGGUUUAGUACUACUUGAGCUAGUAAUAUCCUCCUGCUAAGCAGGCUGGAUUAUGUUCUUUCCCCUGAAGUUUUCAUUAAUUUUCUGUGUCUGUGCUUAUGAAGUAGUUUUGGAUGGAAGAGCCAUUGAUCUUUGAACGACAUGCCUCCUCAUUCUACUCCACCCUGCAAUGUAUGGUUGGACAAAAAAGAAAAUACUCAUUUGAUGCAUUUUCUCUGUUUUUCUUCUUCUUCUUAAUAACACAUUUGGCAGUUGAAAUCUCAAUAAAGAGAUUUCCAACUUCUUCCCCAACACAUAAAGCAACAAUAGUGCUCACUUUGUUUUUUGUUGUUUAUUCAUUCAGUCGCUUCCGACUCUUCGUGACCUCAUGGACCAGCCCACGCCAGAGCUCCCUGUCAGCCUUGGCCACCCCCAGUUCCUUCAAGGUCAAGCCAGUCACUUCAUGGAUACCAUCCAUCCAUCCUGCCCUUGGUCAGCCCCUCUUCCUUUUUCCUUCCAUUUUCCCCAGCAUCAUUAUCUUCUCCAAGCUUUCCUGUCUUCUCAUGAUGUGGCCAAAGUACUUCAUCUUUGCUGUCAAGCUUUAGAAGAUCCAGUGCAUGCCGCCAUGGCAGCAACACGAAAGGCUUCCCAUGUUGCCUUUGAGACAGUGGGGGGAAGUUGGGUGGCCAACUCUUCCCCCCUUGGGAUGUGGUGAUAGUUGAGUGGGGCAAUGUGGGGUGAUGGGUUCCCAACACCCCCACCAGAUACCAACAAAUUCACCAUGAUGCAUGUCAAUUCUGGCGGCUUGUAUGAAGAGAUCCUGAGUCUCUAUACUACUUCAAGACUGUUGACAGUUACUUCCUCAAGCUGUUGCCUAGCAACAUGGUGGAUGGAAAGCCAUGGAUUCUUCAGAAAAAGAGUGAGCAGUAGCCUCCAUAACUUCCCACAUCUUCAUAAUAACUUUAAACGGGUCAUUUAACAGAGAUCAGGAAAGGCAGGAGAAAUCUGACAGCUUCAAACAGUCUACUUCUGCAGUGCCUUCAUUCAUGAUCUCUAGACCCAUUGCCUUUUCCUGUCUAUUAUUAUGGUGGCAAAUGUUAUCAAUGAAGAAGAACACAGAAGCCAGGAGAGACUGUAGUUUUGUUUUUGCCUGAGUCUACUGAGAAGUCCAAGGCUCUUCCCCUCCCUCCUCAGUGAAUAAUUGAGUGUAAACUACUUUUGCACUUUCAACUCAGUUUAUAGCUAUGGAAAUAAGCUCAGAAUAAAGAGGAAAGUGGAAGAACAGGAUAAAACUUGGAUAUUUCAAAAGCAGCUGGAAAAAAUGCUAUACGAAACAAAGGCACCUUAUAUGCUAAGGAAUUAAAAAUAAAAGAACACGAAGAACAAUGAUAUUUGCAAUGUUCGUCCUUGGAAAAAUUAACUCAAAGUGAGGCCUCUGUUCUACAAAAAAAUUCUUACGCUGUUAGAGGUACCAUGAAGAGCUGGUUGGACUGUUGCAUUCCAUUUCUUCUAGGGAUGUGCUGCACUGCUCAAAGCUUUUGCAAGCCACCUGAAAUUGAUUUUGGAGAGAUUGUAAAGAAUAUGAAAUUGGCAUAUAUGGAACAUGACAGAUUACUGUACCAAUGCCAGUCUGGGUAUGACUUGGAAGGGUCUGGCUGGAUAACAUGCAAAGAAAAUGGUUGGAUGCCUACACCAAAGUGUUUGGCACCCUGCGUUAUCACAAAAGAACAGCUGACAGAGCGAAAUCUGAUUCUGCGGGAUGGACAAAAACAUUCAGAACUGAUUAGAAAUGGCCAUACAAUGGAAUUUGUGUGCAAGAAAGGAUAUAUCACUGUAUCCCCAUCAAUCAAAAAGUGUAUUGAUGGAAAGUUCUAUCUACCGUUCUGCAAUUCCACUGAGCCUGAUGCAGAUGAGAUGUUUGUAGCCUCAGCAUGGAAUUCCUCUCAAACAGAAGAAACAUGUGCUGUCCCACACAUAGACAAUGGAAACUUCCUUCCUGAACAAAGACAGUACAAAAUUACAGAUGUUAUCUAUGCUUCAUGUAAUUCAGGAUUUACACUUGAAAAUCCUGAUCACGCAUCUAAAUGCACAAAAUACGGCUGGCUACCUUACCCAAAGUGUGUAGCAAAACAUUGUGAAUAUCCUCGUAUAGAGCAUGGAGCACUGUCUUGGUCUAAUACUUAUUAUAGUGAUGUAUAUUUUCCAAAAAAAGAAGGAGAUACAAUUAACUUCAGAUGUUAUCGUGGCUUCCUACCAGAAAAUAAGAAGCGUUGGCAUAUAAUUAGAUGCACCAGUUAUGGCUGGGAACCAGAACCAAAAUGCUUUAAACAGUGUAUUCUGCCUAAACACUUGCCACACGGCCAAAUAAUUGUUGGCUCUGAGAACAUCUUCAUAGAAGGCGAUGACAUUUCUUUCCUUUGUGAUGAGGGUUAUCAUCCUGAACAUCUGUCACCAACAGCAGUGUGCACAAAAACAGAUUGGUCACCAGCUCUCAAAUGCUUGGCCACUGGUGCGUCUAGCUGGGAGAAUAAAGACUUUGAUAAGUAAAGAUUAAUCUCAUAAUGAUUAAAUAAUGUAUACCUUCUCAUUUA